AUGAUAUCCAACGAUAGUUGCAACUUCUUCCAGUGGUUUAACCCAACAUUGCCAAAACACUACAAGGAUACGUUAUGGAAAAUGAAACUUACGAUCGACGACCUUUUGGUUAGGAAUGGUCAAGUUGUUGAGCUGCAGAAUAAGAUGGAGAAGCACAAGCUGCUUAGGAAAAGUGAGAAGGAACUUGCUGGAUCUAGGAUCCAAGAACUACUCAUUGAGAUUGAAAGGUUGAAGAAGAUGUUAAAAAAAGGUUGUUUUAAUUGCUCUAGUUUGCUUACUAUUUGUGGUCAUGAAAUUUAA